CUGGAUGAAUGAAAUGAGUCGAGCAAAUACUGGAAGUACUCCAUAUUUUCAUGGGAAGAAAAGAACAUCAACCUCGCCCCACAUCCACUCAAGGGAAAAAUUGCUUUAUUUGAAGUGAAUCAAUUCGAAAUUGACUGGACAAUUCAGAUUUUGUGAUCCUACCAUCUCUUCUUGUUUCAAAAGGGUAUUUGGGCUCUUCCUGCAGAGAGAAGGUUUCUAAAUUGAAAUUGGCCCAAAUGCCACCAUUUAUUUAUAUAUUUAUUUGUUUAUUGGAGAAAAAAAAGAAAAAGAAAAAAGAGAGCGCCAAUAAACCGUUCGAACUUGGUCUACUGCCAUGGACGGACGACGACGACACUUCGAUAACCCUAACUUCUCUUGACUAUCUGUUCCAAUAAUUUUUACCCUAAUAUAUAUUUUUAAAAUUUUUUUUCCGAUUGAAACUGGCCCUUAUCGCCAUAGACUCGAAAUGCCGUUGAGAUCCGGCCAUGGACGGGGAGGCUAACCUUCCGGUUCCACCAUCCGGCAAUCUGGUCCGCUCGAUUCCCAAUCAAGACACAUCAUCAUCUUCCUCUCCGCCCGGUCUCAUCCGUGAUGUCCAAGCCGCCUUCAAGCGCCAUCGCUCACUCGGGCUUCCAGGUACAAUUCAGACGAAUGGUAUAGUGCCUAGACGGACAGUGGUUCCUCAGCGCGCAGCUUCUAGAAAUGUGGGUGCGAAUGCUGGUGCUAACAAGUCUCGAGAUUGUAUCUCGUCAAGCCAUGGUCAGUUGGUCAAGGACAAAUUUAUGGUUGGGGAGUAUCAAGAAGAUGCAUCCAAUACUACAUAUUCCAUCACAGGAACUAUCACCAAAACCUUUGAUGAAGAUUUCAACCCAUUUGAUGUUGGUCGAGAUCCUCCCAAGGAGUUUGUUGAUAAAAAAGAGAAUUAUCUGAUUCCUUCGCAUGAUGUAGAAUCUAAACAUGCUGAGUGUCAGAGAAAGGUUCAGUUUUUAACUGGAGAUAAUGCCACUUCCCAGGAAAUGGAAUGGGAUGCAGUCAAUCAAGUAGAGGCAUCAACUGUUGUCAAUAAUGAGUCAAAGCACCGGCAUUUUCAGAACACAGAAUCUGGCACCACUUUGAAGUCUGAUGGUGGGAUCUCUUCUUUGGCCAAAAGAACUACAGUUAUUCAAGAUCAGAUACAUCAGUUAGGAAACUUUUUAGGGCAACCCCUCACUCAAUCUUCAGUUGUAGGGCCGCCAUCUUCUACCAUAACAUCUAUCCAUUCAAGUUCAGCUCCAAUGCUUAACCUGACAACUUAUUGCUCUCAUUCUCUUCAAGAAGAAGGUUCUCAUGUGGCAAAAGAACCACUGGGAUAUUUUGAUGUGAAUUGUCAACUUGGAAAUCAAGGAGAUAUGAUGCAGCAGUCAUUCCCUUCAACUAAGGAAACGACUGGAAUGUUACUUGAUCAGACAGCUCUUGCAGCAAGGGCUUCUACCUCUGGCAAUGAUAUACAAAUGAAGGUAAAGGGAUUUGACUUGCCUAGAAAGCAAGAAGGAUGUUUGGCAAAUAAGGAUGAACUUUCAAAGGAUCCUUGUCCUCAAUAUACUAAGUCAAUCGAAGGUCAAGAUUCUGCAGGUGAUGUGACUAAUAUACAAUCUCAGGCUCCACCGUCAAAGGACUUAACUUCGGAUGUAAAAUUAGAGCCUUUAAAAGAAGAGAAGCAAAGGAAGGCUGCAAGUAAUAAAGGAGCAUCAGCUCCUCGUAAAAGGAAUUAUGAUCCUGAUUUGUUCUUCAAAGUAAAUGGGAGGCUGUAUCAAAGGCUUGGAAAGAUAGGCAGUGGAGGAAGUAGUGAGGUUCACAAAGUCAUUUCAUCAGAUUGUGCAAUAUAUGCACUUAAGAAAAUCAAGCUCAAAGGUCGUGACUAUGCUACUGCAUAUGGGUUCUGCCAGGAAAUUGAAUAUUUAAAUAGGUUGAAAGGAAAUAACAACAUCAUCCAGUUAAUAGACUAUGAGCUUACAGAUAAGAAUCUGCUCCGAGAAGUCAUGAAUGGCAGCAUGUCAAAUAAAGAUGGCAGAGUCAAGGAUGAUGGCUAUCUAUAUAUGGUACUUGAAUAUGGAGAGAUUGAUUUGGCUCAUAUGUUAUCCCAGAAAUGGAAGGAAAUGGAUAGCUUCAAUCAGACUAUAGAUGAGAACUGGCUUCGAUUUUAUUGGCAGCAAAUACUUCAAGCUGUCAACACUAUACACGAGGAACGUAUUGUACAUUCAGACUUGAAGCCAGCUAACUUCCUUCUUGUAAAAGGUUCUCUAAAACUUAUUGAUUUUGGUAUUGCCAAAGCCAUAAUGAGUGAUACUACCAACAUCCAAAGAGAUGCACAGGUGGGUACUCUGAGUUACAUGUCUCCUGAGGCAUUCAUGUGUGUUGAGAGCGAUGAAAAUGGAAAUACUAUAAAGUGUGGCCGGCCUUCAGAUAUAUGGUCCCUUGGGUGCAUACUUUACCAAAUGGUUUAUGGAAGGACCCCUUUUGCUGAGUACAAGACUUUCUGGUCCAAGUUCAAAGUUAUAACAGAUCCAAACCAUGAAAUAACAUAUGGACCAGUUUCUAACCCGUGGCUACUUGAUUUAAUGAAGAAAUGUCUAGCAUGGGAUCGAAAGAAGAGGUGGAGGAUUCCUCAGCUACUUGAACACCCUUUUCUAGUUCCCCCAGUCCCUCCCCAACUAUCUUUGUCUCAAAACCAAAACUGUCAACUGCUUGAUCUUAUAGCUAAAGAAUUUUCCAACAACCAAGAUGCUUUGAUGAUAUCAACUCAGCUGAGUCAACUACUUAGAUACCCAAUGUCACAGAUAACAUCCCAAGAACAACAAUGUAAGUUGCUCUCUCAAAUCUCAAAGCUAUGCUGCCAGCUCCAUGAACAUUUAAGCAAGUUAGGGUGAGAGUUGGUAAUACUCUGCAUGAGGUUUCUUGAGCUCAUUUUUUUGUUCUGUUGUAAUGUUAUGUAAAAUUCACAUUGUGAAUCUCAGUCUUCUGUAAUUUUUUUUUCCUUUUCAGUUUGUGACAAAAAAAAUUGUGGUAUCAAUUUUCUUGAUAGAUGAAACAUUACCAUUCAUUGACA